AUGAUACUGCCCCCUGAGAUAGUCUAUGAAGUUCUAACGUAUCAGUUUCAAGACCUUAUGUCCAAUGACCAUCCGAAUAAUCCAGAGAAAUUUCACUCAAAUCUGCGGAUCUUUCUGCGAAGUAAUCUCACGGUUAACAAGACGUUCUACCACGUCUGUAAGGUUCUCAUAUACCGGUACCUGAACUUCACUUCUGCUCGGGGCUUCUACAAGCUACUGGAGACUUUGCGACAGAGUCCUGAACUUGUGCGUUACGUUCAAGUAGCUGACUUCGAGGAGCUGACGUCAAUAGGGCUAGGGAGAACGGGUGAAAUGAACAAAAGUAUCAAGAACCUAACCAAUGAGACUUUGUGGGAAUUUCUUUGGCUGACCCGUGGUAGCCUCCGCGAAUUUUUGGCGAGUGAACACAUCCAAGGCGACCUCGAUGAGCGUAUUAUAAAUUUCCUGCUCAAACCAGGUACCAUUUUAAGCGUGGUUGACUUUUGCGGGAGCUCUCAUGACAAGUUUACUGAGACAUUUACUGGUGCUGUCAAUAAGCUAUACAGGGAUGGUCAGCCCAUUGAUUAUAAUUACCAAAUUACGUCUUUAGGUCUUAAUGACUGUACCACGAUAGCAUCAUCUACACUAGGUAAAUUACUCGCAACGCUCCCAGAACUUCAAAAGCUUGACUUAGGUCAUACUUCCAUUGAUGAUCGCACAAUAAUAAACAGUUUACCGCACUUGAAGGGUCUAACCCACCUUUCUCUUUCGAUGUGUUCUCAGCUGACCCCUAGGGGCGUGCUAGAAUUCUUUAGCUACCAUCCGGCAGUCACUGAUGUUGAUAAUUCCACUACGCUUCAAUGGCUCAAUGUCCAGGUUCAUCCUCAUUCCUCAUCGUGGUCUGACGUACAGUUGAUGUUUCUGCUGAAGAGACUCUGCCGGUAUGGUCAUAAUAAAACCUUACAAUAUCUGAACAUCGGAGGGUUGCCUUUGCAUCUUACAGAAGACUUGUCUGUGACGAAAACAAUGUACUAUUGGCAGUGUCAAGACACUUUGCAUUUCAUCAAGUUGAACUUUCCACACUUGAAAAGCCUAAGCAUUAAAGACAACAAUGUACCAGUUCCGCGAUUGGUGUCCUUUCUUUCGCCCUUACAAAGUGAAGAAAUUGCAGAGCAGCGCCUAAAAUUCCUGAACGUUGUCAAUAACGCCUACAUCAACAGAUGGAGCAUUCAGGAUCCCACGAUACUCGUACAUUCGAAGUCAUUGUGCGCAAUCGAAUUGUCAUUUGAUCCGUGGCAGCAAAUCGAAGCAUCCAAUUCAAGACAUGAAAUUAAUUGCCGGCUUAUUGAUAACACUACGCUAUUACAAGAUCCGUCGAAAAGUCAACCUGUGACAUGGAAAUGCUACAUUGGCUCGGUAUACGGCAGAAGGCAUUGGCUCUACAAGACCGACGAAUAUCUCAACAGAGGAGACAUUGAUACCCUGGGAUACUUAACAAACUACGAUUCCCAGGGCAACAAAAUUAUUGACAUUUUUAAACAGCCGGAUUUCUUGAAGUUUGCUCAAACUAAGAUAAUGCUUGGGUGCGGUAUAGUUCGACAAAGCAGCGCUCGAAGAAACCUUACCUACCGAGACCUUAAUGCGCCGAUCUCCCAGUUUUUUGAUAAGAACAGAACCAUUGCCAGGAGGCCAAAUACGCCACCUAUUCGGAUCCCUGUGCGGCCACCAGGCGAAUGGCGGCUCAUCGACAAUGAAAAUCCUUUGCAAGAAGGGGAGGUCCAUGGUGGAAACCUUCUCAAUGACAACACGUUGCACAGUCCGGAUACCUCAGACGCACCCCCAAAUUCAAGAAUUGGGCUCUUUUGGGACCGUUCAAUGUCCAACCUCAGCCAAAGCAUGCAGGCAUAUGAGAGUGAUCUACAGUACCUCAAUGAUCCCGAACUCCAGCGCCGUAGAUCACAGUUAAGUCUCUUCAGGGGAAACUUCAUUGCCGACAAGGACUCCCUGGGCGGUCCGCAGCAUAGACUCGCUUCCGCUUCAUUUCAUACAGACUCUAGCAUAAGAGACACCACCAUAUGCGACGGCAAUGAAGCUCCAAACAUGACCAUGGCGUACCGUCAGCAUCUUGAAGUUUCUGCUGAGUACACCGUAUUCGGCUGUAUUGAGCGAGGCAUGUAUAGGUACUAUAGUCUGAAAACGUAA